AUGCCUCCAACUCUUUAUCUUAUUCGACACGCCGAGGCCGAACACAAUGUCAAGUUUCGUUUUACCCCUCCUCGAUUCCACAUUCCAGAUCCAAUUUUAACUCCUAGAGGUCGUACAGAAUGUCAGAACCUCCGCAAACCAUUCCCGCAUCAUAAUAAGAUUGACCUAAUUCUCUCAUCACCCCAUCGCCGUGCCAUUGAAACCACUCUUUUUUCAUUUAGCAAUACACUUGCCCGACCUGAGGUUCCUUAUCUUCUAGUGCCUAAUGCUCAGGAAGUUAUUGCCAAACCUUGUGAUAUAGGGUUCUCACUGGACAUAUUGAAGAACGAUGAGGGAUUAGCCUUUGGUGCGGAGAAGAUUGACUUCGAUUUAAUGGAGGAUGAAUGGAAUUCGAAGAAAGAUUUCUAUGCACCUAAUCAUGGAGCCGUCGAAACACGGGCUGCUGCUCUUCGAGCAUGGCUCUAUGGGCUUGAAGCACAGUAUAUCAUUCUAGUGGCACAUGGAGGGUUCCUUUAUUACUUGACUGAGGACGGGACAGUCAGUGAUCCGAAGAAAGGUACUGGUUACAACAAUUGUGAAGUCCGAACGUUCACGUUUACGAAAGACUCGACAGCAGAAAGAGCUCGCAUUGUUGAAGUUGGAAUGAAGAGGCAUGGUGUGGAAACGGACAACACUAUUUUGGCAGAAUUGAAUGAGGUCGGGUGAUUCUUGGAGUGCCUAUGUGACAUUUUUUCCCUUUAGUUGGCUAUUAUUAGCUAGACUAUAUGCCAGAUUCUCAAACGAAUUAACGGUGUCGUAACUUUUUGGGGGAUCUCUUGAUCGCUAGUAUGGAGCCAUCGAAAUCAGCCUCUAAGCUAGUGGUGCGAUAGAUAUAGCUGAUCUCGACCGCGUCUUUGGAGUGAACACUGAGAAUAGUACCAAUUGAGUCAUAUAGCCUAAGACAUAACGAAUUAUGCUGAUUGUCCUGUGCAUAUUACGGGUGGAAAAUGUGACCAGGAGCUCCUGCGGACUCUG